AAAAACGUAGUCAUUGCAAAUCAUGGCACAUCAUAGCCUCACAAAUAAUGUCCACUACAAAUCCAUUCAAUCAUUAGUCUUUUCCUUUCCACACCCUUUUCUUGUAAUCUAAGUUUUUUCUUCUUUUUCUUUUAACUUUUCUCAAUUUAUACCCACUCUCACCCGAGAGAGCUCACAACAAGAAGAAGAAAAGAUGACCUCAGUUUGCAUAUCGCACUGCCUCAACGAUGCACGUGACCCACGUGUUCCGGUGAGGGCAACGUACGUGAACCUUUACAAGUGGCCGGAAUCGGAUGCGGAGUUUGUGAGGUCAGUGAGUUCCAACAGAGAAAAGGGUUCCCAUGUGUACGGACACCCGAGGGUGGUGGACAGUAUCUCCUGCAGGCAGAUGUAUCUGAGAAGCUACACCUUCUCCAGGGAAGAAGAUAAGGACGGCGACAAAGCUCAGAAAUGUUUUGGCGUGAAGAAGAAGAAGAAAUGUGAGAACAACAACUCAAAGCCCGAGACUGGGAAAAGAAAGUGCUUCGUUUGGAGUAAGGCUAAGGAGAUCUCAUGUUCUGCUUUGUCUAGGUUUUUCCGAAGGGUCUUGUUCUGCUCCGCCAGUGUAGAUGUUGUCCACGAUAAAUAUUGAAUUUUUU